UUGAUAAGUAAAGACUCAUUUUCUUUCCCCUUCCUCCACGACGACGUUCUGUUAGGGUUCUGCCUUCUCUCUCAAUUGUGCUCUCGUGCCGAAGACUUGAACAAAAGCCUCGAAGCCAUGUACGGACCGAGAGGGGCAAUGUUGGGAAGCGGGGGGUUUUCGGACGGGUACGAGGUCGGCUCAAAGAGACAAAGAAUGAUGGAAUCCAAUCCCUACUUCGCAGUGAGCAGUAGCACAAGUGGCUUUCAACCUUAUGGCUAUGGUGGUGGCUUUCAUCCCCCUCCCUUUCCAGUGGUCCGGCUCCGGGGGCUUCCCUUCAACUGCUCCGACAUUGAGAUUUUCAAGUUCUUUGCUGGGCUGGACAUUGUCGACGUUUUGCUGGUCAAUAAGAAUGGACGGUUCUCAGGAGAAGCCUUUGUGGUGUUUGCGGGAUCGAUGCAGGUCGAGUUUGCGUUACAGAGAGACCGGCAGAGCAUGGGUCGAAGGUAUGUGGAAGUUUUCAGAUGCAAGAGGCAGGAUUAUUAUAGUGCUGUAGCAGCGGAGGUAAACUAUGAAGGAAUUUACGAUAAUGACUACCAUGGAAGCCCACCUCCAGCUCGAUCAAAGAGGUUCAGUGAUAAGGACCAGCUGGAAUACACUGAAAUAUUGAAGAUGCGCGGCCUCCCCUUUUCUGUGAAGAAAACUGAAAUUGGUGAAUUUUUCCGGGAUUUCAAGCUGAUAGAAGAAAGGAUACACAUAGCAUGUCGCCCCGAUGGAAAAGCUACUGGAGAGGCAUAUGUAGAGUUUGCUUCUGCAGAGGAGGCUAAGAGAGCGAUGAGCAAAGACAAGAUGACAAUUGGGUCCAGAUAUGUGGAGCUGUUUCCUUCAACACCAGAUGAAGCAAGAAGGGCUGAGUCGAGGUCAAGACAGUGAUCAGGCCCUGGGGUCAGCAUUUUGAAUGUUAUGGUUUAUUUUUUGGUGUUCCAAUGAGAUGUGCAUGUUUCUUACAAUCCGUAGGCGUGUGUUGGUGCUACAACUUUCUUCUUUGUAGUUUGUGUUCCUGGAACAUUUAUCUUGUUAUGCUUUUAACUGUUGGAUUUUACUUAAUGCAAAGGUGCGAUGAAUCGAAA